AUGACGCUCGAAGUCUGGCCACACAUCUCUCCCGAGGAGCUGCAAAUCAAAGCCGCCGAGUCCCUCGACCGCGAACUAGAAUGGAUAGUGCAAGAAACAAUGACGCUCUGCCAUGAGCUCAAGCACGGCAUCGAAGACUGCUAUGCACUGCUCGCACCCAUCGAGCCCGGCAGCACCCUGGUCAUGAGCACGCACCGCAACGAAAAGGUCAAAGGCACAAUCACACGCGUGGGAACCCGCCUCGUCAAAGGCACACUAAGCCUUCAGCUGCGAACGCUGCCCCCGCAGCAACUCACCAUCUCGGCCCUCGAGCCGAUCCACAUCCCGCCCCUUGACGCCAUCUUCACCAAUCUCACGCAGUCAAUCGACCUGCUGGGUCUCCUGCUGGACAGCAAGCCCGCACCGACCGCAGACAACAUUGCCUCUGCGCUGGCCGCGCUAGCCGAGUGUUUGGCCGAGUCGGCCGGGCUGCUCAAGGGGUCGACAUCAAGCGAGCCGGACCCGGCGUGGCAGACGGCAUCGUGCCCGGCGCACCACUUCUCGCCCGCGAUGCCGCCCAAUCUGAGCUUCUUCACGACCCUGCAGGAGAGCAGCAUUGUGCUGUGGCUGCGGGCGCUGGAGCCGGCUGAUGCACCGGUGCAUUUCGGCGUCAAGCUGGGCCUGGCGAUUGGGACGGUGCGGAGGCUGGAGCACGACGAGAUGGACACGGUGUUUCGGUACGACCCCGACGGCGACGGGAGCUGUGAGCCCAAGAGGGGGCUUGGUGGCUCCCGGACGAGCGGCAAGAGGGACAGGGAGGAGAAUGUCUUUGUUCGGGAAAAGGUGAGGAUAGAAAGCGCCGAUCCGAGCUUGAUCUCCUUGUAUUCCAAGCUGGGCUUCCUGAGUCACAUGUUGGGGCAGGCAAGGUAUAAUCUGGCGGCGGUCAUGGGCGUGGAAUUGGAUAGCUAG